AAACAAAACCCCCUGACAGCCGUCGGUGAGAACAGCUGAUGGAUGAGAUUUCGUGAGAUGAGACGUGAGCUAAGCGUGAAGUCAUGUGAGAAUAUUUGAAAAUCUGCGCAAAUGAACAAAAUAUGGUUAUUAUUCGGUUUCUUUACGGUUGAUUUUGAUAAACUUACUCAAUUGUAACGGCCACGCUGUAUUGUUUCUCUUUUGUAUUUUUGUAGUCUUUUCUUUUAAAUUAUCUCAGCUAAUAAACAAAGAUCAGUCCAGGCGUUCACAAAGGAACCAAGGCAGCACGUAUCAUCAUAGUAACCCAAAUAGUAAUUACCGGCAGUAGCAUAUUCAACGACAAAAUGAAGCAAGACCCUGCACAAAAGUUUUCUCCCAACAGCGACUAUCGCCAAACUUUAAAUCGGCUGAAAGUAGAAUUCGAACGUCGGUACAACGAUCAGCAACAGGCAUCUAUUGCCACGCUAACGGAAUACGAAAUAAUCCGCACCCUAGGUUCGGGUGCGUUUGGUACUGUGAAACUGAUCAAACGAAAAACCAGCGGUGAAUACUUUGCCAUGAAGAUACUGUCUAAGGAAAGGAUCAUCUAUCAGAAGCAGCUGCAACACACGUCGAAUGAGAAACGGAUUUUGCAAGCCAUUCGGUUCCCGUUCGUCGUGAAUCUGGAAACGUGUUACAAGGACAAUUCCUACAUCUAUCUCGUAAUGCCAUUUGUGAAUGGAGGCGAAAUGUUUACGCUGCUUCGCCGAUCACGAAGAUUUUCCGAAGCACAAGCCACUUUCUACGGUGCACAAGUAGCACUGGCCUUGGAGUAUCUGCACGCCUGCAAUCUUAUUUAUCGGGAUUUGAAACCAGAAAACUUGCUCAUCGAUUAUCGUGGAUACGUGAAAGUGACUGACUUUGGUUUUUGUAAGACGAUCAAAGAUAGGACCUGGACACUCUGUGGCACACCGGAGUAUCUCGCACCAGAAAUCAUCCAAGCGAAAGGAUAUGGGAAAAGUGUUGACUGGUGGUCUUAUGGCGUGUUGCUGUACGAGAUGAGCGCCGGAUAUUCUCCAUUCUAUAUCAACAGUGCCGAUCAGAUGGCAUUGUUUGAACGAAUCUGCAAAAGCAAGUACAAAUUCCCGAAGAACUUCUCCUCCGAUCUGUGCGAUCUGGUGCACCAUCUGCUGCAGACCGAUCUUUCUCGACGUUACGGUAAUCUGCGCAAUGGGUGCAACGAUAUCAAGCAGCACGCAUGGUUCAAGUCGACUAACUGGUUCGCCUUGCUUAACCGGGAACUAUCCGCUCCUUACGUACCGAAGCUCCAAGGACCGGGUGACGCUUCACUGUUCGAUGUUUACGAUGAGCAAAGCCAAGUAGCCUCGAAGUGCCAGUAUGCGAAAGAAUUUGCUGAAUUUUAAAGUUUUAUUCUAUCGCAUCAUGCCCGUUUUGGGAUGUCCAAUUCGAUGGACAGCUUUACAAAGUUGGAUUGGAGGUGAAAUGAUAAAGAUAAUCUAAUUUCAUUCUAA